AUGGCCCCAUCCACACAUGGUAAGUUCAAGCGAGCACACUGCCAACCUACAAUCACGAAGAAUGCGAUUCAAGAAGACGGAAAACACCCAAAUUUCAGACUCAAGACACUAGAAGAACAUCGUCAUGCAACUCGAUUCCAGAAGAAACACGUGACCUUAAAAACCUGGCGACCCGCGUUAUGUGAAGCGCAUAUACUCAUCAAGUCAGGCGACCGUGUGAGUCUCGCGAAGGCUUUGUAUCUUCUUCUGGAGAUCAUUUGGAUCGACCCACGUGGCUGCAACCUCGCGACGGUAUAUCUUGACGCUGGGUCUAUAUACCUUGAAUUCGAUCACCUUCAAGAAGCGACAAAGGCUUAUCGAAAUUGCUUACGCCUGGAUGGAGCGAACUGGAAGGCUAGAUACAAUCUGGGUGUAGCUACAGCUCGCUUGCAGGAUUUCAUUGAGGCUACCAGACAGCUGACACUCGCCUUUAAGGCAUCUCCAGCUGAUAUAGCUGACGAGAUUGCCAAAAUGCUCAAGGAAAUUGAGCAUAUCCAGUACUCCAAGAACUUACAAGCUUACAAGGAAGCCACGAAAGCUCGUGUGUUCACAACGCAGUUUCUGGAGUCCCGGCAUUUGGUCGGUGGAAAGCUCGGGGUGUCAAAUUUGCAAGAGGACCACACUGUUAGUCACCGCAAUGGGUUGUCGUUGUCAUCCUCCACCCCGCAGCUUUUGGAUACCUCGAAUAAAUGGCAAGGGGUAUUAGCUUCAGUGUUGCAUCGACUCCAUGCAUUUGCUCGUUGCCGGGAUAUUGAUAUUCAAUACGAGAUGUUACGACUAGACCCGAAGUGGACAAGUGGAGUCUCCAUUGAGACAUUGAAUGAGUUGACGAAACAAAUAACAGGCACGUCGUUGAGCGUGGCUGAGCGAAACGUCAUGUUAGGCAACUACGGAACUACAACUUUCCACUACUUCAGUCCAAAUGCAGAGAGCUGUCAUGCGUUCGACGAGAUACACGAUCAAGGUGCGUGUCAUGCACUACUACACUGGAACUUGUGCCGUAAGCGUGCAAAACGAAGUGCAACUAGCAAGACGGGUGGAUUGUGGUAUUGGUUCGAGCUGACGAUGGCAAAAUGGGUUGAACGAGUGCUUCCUCCGAGUUCUCUGGACCACACAACGUCGUCGCUGGUAGAAACGCUAUCUGCUUAUGGAUGGAUUACGCCAAUGGACUUCGCUUGGAAAUGGCGGCGCUUACCGGAACCACAGGAUGUCCCCAUGUUGCAGCUUGCAAACCGCGGCAUUUUUAUUUACGAAUGUCAUGUUGCUCGAACCUGUAUCCAUGAGGAAGCAAGCAAGACUCUGCAAAUGUUUCUACGAAGAUUUAUUACUAGAAGAAAGAGAUGCCAACUGGUUAGGGACACAGUGUUCGACCAGCAAGUUGCACGGGAAGUACUCGUAUGUAUUGAAGAUAUGGUUGACGAAGUGAUUACCAAGCAUCGUCUACAGCAGAAGAAAUACGAGGAGGAGAUCCAACGACAAGAGGUUCCUGUGAGGACAGAACAACGGCAGAAGAUCAUCAACGAACGGUGUACAGGCCACAGAACGUAG